AUGCCUUACGCCGAGUUAUCCGAUCGCAAUGAAUUCGACUGCCGUUGUGAUGAUAUGGCGCUGUCCGCUUUGGCUGCCGCGUCACCUGUCCCCAUGCCACUUGGGGGUGUUGGCCAAGAGGCUCGCGACAGAGCAGGCAGCAGCCCUCCAAGAGGGCAGGCGCAUGGACUGGCACUAUUGUGGGACGCACGAUGCGCAGUACCGCAAACCCUCCGCGGAAUGCCAGGCAGCUUUGGAGGCCAACAGCAGCAAUCCCAGCAGCAGCAAAAUCGCGCUGUAUCAAGUCGAUUACCGAACGCAUCGGGAAACAGCAACUCUGGCUGGGCCUUCAGUGGCGCAGUACCUAUGGGAAACAACACCAAUGGUGGCUUCCCAACUCAAACCCGACAACUAGGAGGAAGUGUUAGCUUUGCCCAAAGCUUAGGAGGAUCGCAGCAAGCAGCGCCCCUCGACUUGUCAGAAAACGUUCCAUCACCGGAUCGGCGUCGUGGGCUGGCUUACGCUGCUGUGGUCAAAGGUGAAUUUCCCUCUUUAUCGAAUAACUCUCAACUUGGCAAUCCUUCGCAAGCGUCGAUGUGGUCGACACCUGGGUCAAGGAAUGUGAGCGCGCCCGUGCAACGAAACCAAUCGACUCCUGUAUCAUCCCAACACGCAGGUCAAGAAGAGCUAUACAACUCGACCUCAAGAUUGACGGCAAACCAUGGCUCUCUGCGUUUUGCAAACCAGACAGGACCGCAGGUCACCCCAAGCAGCGUGGAUGACUUCCCCCCUCUAAAUAGAACCGUCAACGGUGAAGAGAGGAGUGCUAGUCUAAUGUCGUCACUGGGUAUCAGCACGCCGAGCUCAUCCUCCCCGAGCCUUUUAGCAAACAACCGAGCGAAUGAGCCAAGAUCGCAGUCUUUGGCGGGUAGUGCAGUUCCCACAACGCAAACGCUAGAGAACGACAAUCGGUCGCGAGCCGCUGAUCGUCUAAAUAAGCAGCUUGCAAACCUCGGUAAUGGAGAAGGCUCUUCAGGCUUGUCUGUCCAGGAAAGUCUAAUCAACAAGGUGAAAGAAGACCAAGCGCAAGGCACUGUAGAUCCUCUCGCUGGCAUGCCCGAUGUUGAUAAAUGGGGACUCAAAGGCCUGCAAACGCUCAUGAAUAAUUAUCCCGACUAUCAUGCGUUGGUUGUUGGUAUGGACCCGAAUUCGCUAGGGCUUGACAUCCAAUCCCAAGACUGUCCCGCUGACAUCAAGCAACAGAUGGCGGCAGCAGAGUUGCAUACGCGCAAUUGGCGCUGGCACAGAAAGCUGCAGAUCUGGCUUACCAAAGACGAGCAGAUCGCUCCUCAAAUUCUCGGUCCCAAUCAUGAGAGAGGAUGGUAUAUCGUCUGGGAUGCCAACCACUGGCAGAGAGAGCGGCGGGAAAUCACACUGCACUACAGUGAUUUAGAAACCGUCGUGAACCCCGGGGCUGUUGGGGCUUAG